CUCAUCUCUGCCUCACGAAGACACACUCCAGAGUGGAGCUCUUUCUCCGCCUCGCAAAGUCACGCUCCAGAGUGGAGCUUCUCUGCCUCACGAAGUCACGCUCCAGAGUGGAGCUCUUUCUCUGAUUGGGUGUUGCUGCGAAGGAGAUGAGAGGUUACUCGUGGCUGAGUUUAUGCCCCAUGAAACUCUCGCUAAGCAUCUUUUUCACUUUUUCAGUGUUGGUCCUGAGGAUGCUGCAGUUGUUGGUAAUCAACUGUCAGAAGAAGAGAAAACUACUCUUCAGACUCAACUGAGAGGAUACGAAGCAACACUGAACAAUUCCCUAAGAGAUCCAACUGCUCUUGAGGGAGCUGCUGUAACCUUGGCUGAGUUAGGAGAAUAUACCCGAGUGGUCUCUUUGCUUGAGAACUUGACAAAGGAGAAGCCAAGUGACCCUGAUGUUUUUUGUUUGCUUGGAGAAGUUAAGUAUAAACUAAAGGAUUAUGAGGGAAGCGCUAACGCAUAUGAAAGUGCUGCAAAGGUGUUUUUUCAGUUUAUGCAAGACAUUUUACUACUCAUAUUCACAAAUUUGCAGGCCCUUCCAAUUUACUUGGAUAAAAUGUUCAAUCAGUAUGUGGCUAUAAUUCUCUCUGUGACUUUUGUUCUAUUUUUUGGAGAGGUUAUCCCACAAGCUAUAUGCACUAGAUAUGGACUUGCAGUAGGUUCCAACUUUGUUUGGCUUGUUCAGAUUUUGAUGAUAAUUUGCUACCCAAUUUCAUACCCAAUUGGAAAGAUUUUGGAUUGGGUAUUAGGACAUAAUGAAGCUUUAUUUAGGCGAGCUCAGUUAAAAGUCCUUGUCUCCAUCCACAACCAAGAGGCCGGCAAGGGUGGUGAGCUUACACAUGACGAGACAACAAUUAUAAGUGGGGCACUAGAUUUAACUGAGAAGACAGCUGAGGAGGCUAUGACACCCAUUGAAUCAACGUUUUUCUUAGAUGUCAAUUCAAAGUUGGACUGGGAGGCUAUGGGAAAAGUUCUUGCUCGGGGGCAUAGUCGAGUUCCUGUCUAUUCUGGGAAUCUGAAGAACGUUAUUGGACUGCUUCUGGUGGGUGCUAGAAUAGUAGAAUGUGAAUGUUUAGAAGAUGUUUGUAUACUAGAUGCAUUUUAAAUUUGACUUAUCAAAGGAACUAACAGCGGGCAACAUACUUUGUACUCUGCUCUUUAACUUGUUCAAUUCUGCUUAUUGUUAGGUGAAAAGUCUUCUUACUGUACGACCUGAAACAGAGA